UGUGCGGAGCAUGAGACAGCGGGCAGCAUGCAUGUGUUCUCUGCCCUGGUGAGCUCUGUGGAGAGGAGCCAGGCAGAGUUGCUGGAGGUGAUAGAGAUGUCACAGCGGGCUGCACAGCACCGAGGACAGACCCUCAUCAGAGACCUAGAGCAGGAGAUCUCUGAGCUGAGGAAGAGAAGCGCCACCCUCACCCAGCUAGCCCAGUCUGACGACUACGUACUUUUCUUUAAGACAUUCUCCACCCCGCCUCAGACCAGGGAUUGGUCGGAUGCUGURGUGACCUCUGACCUCACCUCAGGGGCGGUGCUUCUUACUGUCAAUCAAAUGGUGGAGCGGUUUCAGGAGGAGCUCAAGAGACUGCCGGAGAUCUGUCUGCGUCCUCAACCUCAAACAGACCAAUCCGUGGGGAGAUAUAUUCCAAGGUUGCGUCCUCAACCUCAACCAGACCAAUCUGUGGGAAGAUGUAGUCCAAGUUUGCUUUCUCAACCAAACCAUGCUGUAGGAAGAAAUAGUCCAAAUUUACCUUCUCAAGCAGACCAGUCCCUGGGAAGAAGUAGUCCAAGUUUGCGGUCUCCACCUCCACUAGAACACUCUGUAGGAAGAGAUAGUCCAGAUUGGCUUUCUCAGCCUCAACCAGACCAGUCAGUGGGAAGAAAUCCAAAACCAAAGGUGAGGAGAGUGCAGGAAUAUGCAGUGGAUGUAACCCUGGACCCUCUCACCGCCCACCCCCGCCUGCUCAUCUCUGACGACGGCAAGCAGGUGCGCUGCUGGGACCGCUACCAGCCCGUGCCGGACGGCCCCGAGCGCUUUGACCGUGUGGUCUGCGUCCUCGGGCGCCAGGCCUUCUCUUCGGGACGCCAUUACUGGGAGGUGGAGGUGGGUGGGAAGACGGACUGGGACCUGGGCGUGGCAAGCCACUCCAUCAACAGGAAAGGGAAGAUCAUAGUAAGCCCCGCCCACGGCUACUGGUUCCUGAGUCUCCGGGAUAAGAASGACUACGCGUUCCGAACYGAACCGUCGACAGCGCUGGGCCUCAACCACAAACCCAACCGUAUAGGGAUCUACGUAGACUGUGAUAAGGGACAGGUGUCCUUCUAUAACYUGGACGCUAAGAUGCUCAUCUAUACAUUCACCGACAGCUUCUCGGAUGCCAUUCAUCCCUUCUUCAGCCCUUGCACCAAUAAGUCUGGCAGGAACGAGGCGCCGCUCAUCAUUUGUCCUGUCUCGAUGCCUCUGMUGGACUGAGAUGGGUUUUAGUUMUUUUGUGCAUUCCUAAAGGUAGCUUCCUGUCUGUCCUUGUUCCAUGUUCUUCACUGAGCCAAUAGGACYGGACUGGAUAGGUCAAAGCAAUAUGGUGGAAGSUAUAGCUGAUGCGCRCAAUAUACRCAGAUGUCUCAUGUCAACAUAGGGAAGUGAACAAGGCCAGAAGAGAGGGAACAAUUUUCUGGAAUGAAAUACAGUCUCUUAGAACCAUUCAUAAUGACCUCCUGUGUUCUAUGGAGCUGACCAAUGGAUACUCUGGAUACUGAGUCUGGAUUGGACUGAUCAUUUUGACCAAUACAACCGACUACAGUCCAUCUGUCUGAGAAUGAAGGAUUUCACCAUCUGUCCUUAUCACACGAUGGAUUAAUCUGUCUAUAUUGGGUCAUAUGUGUCUCACAUGGCUCCCUAUUCCCAUUUAGUCUGCUUCUUUGACCAGAGCCCUAUGGGCGCUAUGUAUUGCAGUACUAUAGGGAAUAGUGUGUUAUUUGGGACAUAACCACAGUCAUACAAAUAAAACAUAUUACUUGUAUAUUACAAUCCAGUUUUUGAAGGAUGUCCACAAUAAACCAAAUGUAAACUAUGUGGACUGGGAGCCACCGAGUAAGACCCAGAGACAAACACAAAGACAAAGAAUCCUUUAUGAGCCAGUCAAUUUAGUCAUUGUAUUCUACACAGAGUGGACAAAACUUUAAGAACACCUGCCCUUUCCAUGACACAGACUGACCAGGUGGAUCCAGGUGAAAACUAUGAGCCCUUACUGAUGUUACUUG